UCUACUUUAGAAUACAAAUGAGUAAGGUUGUUUCAGUUGAAUUGCUGAGCAAAUAUCGAUAUUACCGCUAAUGGCUGGUUAACUCAAAUUACGAUAAUCCGUAUGAAUGUAUGAUUGCACAUCGAUGUUUAAAAAUCAGUCCCGGAAACUUAACGUGCAUUCAGCGUUAGUUUAUCGAGAAUGGAUAUCAAUUUUAUAUUGACGUUCUUUGCGAGCAAAAACAUCGCGUAUUUGUCUAUGUUUUUGUGUUGGAGUCCAGUUGAUUUGCUGGAACUGCAUCGCAAGGCUUCUCAAUGGGGCUUCAGAUUGCGUGUUGGAGACUUGGAAAAAUUGCCUGAACUGCCAGCAUAUGAUGUAUACCGAGAAGGUGUAUUUCUGGACGUUAAUUGCUAUAACAUCGACCAGUUAUUAAUUCAAGCAUCGUCUACCCGUGCAUUCAAUCACCGCUAUACAUGGCUCUUAUCUCACGAUUCGCCUUAUAACAUUUCUACUAUGGAAAAUCAUCUUCUGAAUUCGAACAUCUUGCCUGAUGCUGACGUCACUUGGUCUACUCCCGACGCGUUGGUAGACGUGUACAGGAUCAAGGCUGAUCAGUCACUCGUAACUACUCACUUGGAACUGAACAAAAAUAUCGGUCUGAAAGAAUUGGAGACAUUCUGGGCACAACAACAAACUGCUGUGACUAGGAGAAAGGAUUUGAAGAAUGUGUUUUUAAAAUCUGCUACUAUUAUAUCACAACCGCAGCAUUUCAAAGGCUGGUCGGACUUGACGACCCGUCACAUCGACACUUUUCCCAAGUUUACGUAUCCCUUAUUAAAUUUAUGUGCUGAAGAUUUACAUUUUAGACACAAUAUGAUGCAAGUUGACUUGUAUGGGGAAGAUCAUAAUGGUACUUUCAAUGGUCUUGUGGGGUUGUUUCAACAUAACGAUACAGAGAUCGGCAUCACCUCCAUGUUCAUACGUGAGGAUCGCAUGAAAGUGCUCCAUUACUGUUCAGAGACUGCAGAGCUCAGGGGUGCUUUUAUGUUCCGUCAGCCGUCCCAAUCAGCAGUGUCAAAUGUAUUUGUGCUGCCGUUCAGUCGCGGAGUGUGGACAGCAAUUUUUGCAUUGACAACGGUGAUGGCGGCACUUCUUACUGUGCUCGGUUACCGCCUUCAGCAGACAGACCCUGAACUUGCGCUGCUCACUCCGUUUGAAGCGUUUACUUUUGCAAUCGGCACUGUUUGCCAGCAGGGUUUCUACAGGACCCCAAACCUGGCAUCAGCACGCCUAGUAAUAUUCUGUGCACUAAUGAUGGCAUUAUUCACGUUCACCGCGUACUCCGCCAAGAUAGUGGUGAUUCUUCAGACGCCCAGCGAUGCCAUACAGACCAUUGCUGACUUGGCAAGAUCGCCAAUGAGCAUGGGCGUCCAAGAUACCACUUACAAACGGGUGUACUUCGCUGAGAGCACUGACUCGGUGACACAGCAGUUGUACAAGCGAAAACUGUUGCCGUUGGGCGAACGUGCCUACCUCAGCGUCGUCGAAGGUAUUGAACGCAUGCGCACUGGCCUCUUCGCAUUUCAGGUGGAACAGAGUUCAGGAUACGACAUAAUUAGCAGAACGUUUACGGAGCGGGAAAAGUGUGGCUUGAAGGAAGUGGAGGCGUUCCGAUUACCUAUGGUCAGCGUACCAAUAAGAAAACACUCUGGCUACCGUGAUCUUCUAGCGUCCAGACUGCGAUGGCAACGUGAAGUGGGCCUAAUAGGUCACGAGCGACGACACUGGCUGGCGGAGCGGCCGCGAUGUGACGCUUCCAGUGCUGGUUUCCUCAGCGUCGGGAUCACUGACCUGCUUCCUGCUUUCCAGGUCUAUUGA